GAAUCUCUAAAAUGUUGAAUUAAAUAACGGAAUAAGAGACGGAAAUGAGUUUUCAACGGAUCUUGUAGCUUUGACAAAACUCUGCACUUUAGAUUGGUCCAAGUAUGAAACCCUAGAAAAUAAUCAAUCAAUCAAUUAUAAAUAAUUCCGACUGCUGCUGCUGGACAUUGGACAAUGCAUUUAUUUAACAGACAAAUCUAGAAAGAUGAUGGAUGAGGAUCGAAGGGAACGGUUGCGGGACUUGGAGAGGAAAAUCCAGGAUAACAGAUCUAUCAUCAACGUAGACUGUUUACUUGAUGCAGUACAGGCGCUUGUAUCAGACUGCGACCAUGCAGCCAUCAGACAGAAUAAAAAUGUCGACGCCUUCGUCAACAGAUAUGUUGAUAUCUCGGAGAAGAUUGUGGAGAAACGGAUGAAAGCUGAUGAUUUUAACCUGAUCAAGGUGAUUGGACGAGGUGCUUUCGGAGAGGUUCAACUCGUCAGGCAUAAAUACACAAGCAAGGUGUACGCCAUGAAACUAUUGUCCAAGUACGAGAUGAUAAAAAGAUCAGAUUCAGCUUUCUUCUGGGAGGAACGGGAUAUCAUGGCACACGCCAACUCCGAGUGGUUGGUUCAGCUUCAUUUUGCCUUCCAGGAUAAUAAAUACCUGUACAUGGCGAUGGAUUACAUGCCGGGAGGAGAUCUGGUUAAUCUAAUGUCCAACUACGAUGUACCGGAGAAAUGGGCAAGGUUCUAUACAGCAGAGGUCGUCCUUGCUCUGGAUGCUAUUCAUAGCAUGGGCUUUGUGCACAGGGACGUGAAACCAGACAAUAUGCUGCUUGAUGCACAAGGUCACUUGAAACUUGCUGAUUUUGGAACCUGCAUGAAGAUGGGACCGGACGGUAUGGUUCGAUCUGAAACUGCUGUUGGAACUCCGGAUUAUAUAUCUCCUGAGGUUCUCAAGUCCCAGGGCGGAACUGGAGAAUAUGGGCGGGAGUGUGACUGGUGGAGUGUGGGCGUGUUUCUAUACGAGAUGUUGGUCGGAGACCCGCCCUUCUAUGCAGACUCGCUCAUAGGAACCUAUCAUCAGAUUAUGGAACAUCAAAAAUAUCUCAAGUUCCCGGACGAUGUGGAGAUGACUAAGGCCGCCGGAAGCCUGAUUCGUGGAUUUCUAACGGACCGGCAAAAUCGGCUUGGAAAAAACGGAGUAGAGGAAAUUAUGAAACAUCCGUUCUUUAAAAAUGACCAGUGGGACUUCCACACCAUCCGGGACUGUGUCCCACCCGUCGUUCCAGAUCUAACAUCGGACGACGACACUUCCCACUUUGACGAUGUCGAUAACGACACACCGGACGAGAAUUUCCCCACACCGAAGGCGUUUGCCGGGAACCAUCUUCCUUUUGUUGGGUUUACGUACAGUAAAGAUUUCCAGCUUUUAAACUCUUCAUCUUCUCCCCCUAGACCUCCCAGGAAUGACGUGAUUGACGGGUCUGGAGGCGGAACUAAUCAUCAUGGAGACGGAGAGAGAGCUAGGGCAGAGGAUCUGGCGGAGAGAUUAAGUAAAACUAUUCAACAGCUUGCUGACGUGAACCAGAGAGAAGCUGAGACACGACAGGAGUUUGCUAGAGUAGAGAGAGAUCUAGCAAUGUCAAGACAUGAGAUGAAGGAAGCGAACAGGAGAGCUGAACAGGAGUCGGAGAACAGGAGGAAGGUGGAGCAGGAAAGAACGGAACUCCGGAAAAAGUUGGAAGAUGAGACGAAUAGAAGAACUAAAGAACAGAAUAACAACCAUCAUGUUGUGGAGAAGAUCAGUAACCUGGAGAGGGAGAGGAACCAGCUCUCUGACAGGUUAAAGAAGGAGCAGGAGGGGGUGGAGAAGCUAAAAAAAAGUAUAGCUGAGCUCCAGGUGGCUCGCAGCUCUGUAGAGGCUCAGCAGAGUGAGCUGAAUGAGCGAAUGUCUGCUGUGAGUGAGGAGCGGAACACGUAUGAGCGUGAGACGGCUCGGCUCCAGUCCCAGCUGCAGAUGGAGCAGGGGAAACGAGCUGAGAUGUCAGCUCAUGCCAAGGAAGUAGAGUCCCGGUUGAACCAGCUCAAAUCGGAUCUUGAGCUGACCCGUGAGCGCGAGAACAAUUAUGCGCGUGAGAGAUCAGAGCUUGCUACCCAGCUCGCAGAAGCCCAGAAAGCAAAAGCAAAUCUUGAAUGUGAAUUGGAAUCCCAAUUCAGACAAAUAGAGCAAUUGGCCCAGAUGAAGGAGAAGAGUAGAUUAAUCAGUCAGGACGGAGCAAGCCAGGAUCAUAUCAGAAAUAUCGAGUCCAAACUAGAUCAAGAGAAACUAGGCAGACAGAGAGCUGAAACACAGGCCCAGGAGAAGAGUAGGGAGUUGAGUAUGCUAACCGUAGAUAACCGUCAGCUCCAAUAUAGGUUGGAUAAACUUGAAGCGGACUAUAGACAGGAGUCGGAGAAGGUUCGAAGUAUCUCUGCCCAGUUGGAGAGAGUAUUUGAAGAGAAGUCCUUGAUACAGUCCGACCUAAGUGUCAAGACAAGUGAGAUAACUCUACUCAAAACAAAUGAGAAGAGAUUAGUCCGAGACUUUACAGAGAGCAGAGAGAGAUCAAAAUCCUUAGAGGAGGAACUACAGAAGGUUCGUAGUUCACGUGCUGUUGAGGAUCUCCAGAGAAAGGAGCUAGAGGAUCAACUUGAGGCGGAAGCAUAUUUCUCCGGGUUGUAUAAGACCCAGGUUCGUGAGCUCCAGGAGGAGGUUGAAGAGGCUAGAGUGAGAUGCCAGGAACUAGAGGGAGAGAAGGGAGAUAUAGAGAUUAGAUUAUCCUCCGCUAUAGCUCUUCAUGAACAAGAGAGUAUUAACAGGAACCGAAUUGACCAGCAGCUGGGAGAACUAGAGAAGGAGAAGAUGAUGAGAGAACUAGAAGUUAAAGAACUCUACUCUCAACACAGAGCAGAGAUUAGAAAUAUGGAACUACAACUUUCAGGACUCAAGGAUAAUGAGAGUGAUCUGUUGGGACGAAUUGAUCAGCUGAGCCGAGAACGGGAGGAGAGGGAAGGAGGAAAGGAGGAUAACAAGGAGGAGGUGGAGAAACUAGAGAAACAGCUGCGGGAGGAGAAGAUUAAGAAGGAUCAGGCGAUCAAUAAACUAGCAGAGAUGAUGAUGAGGAAGGAUUUACAGCCGAAGCAAGGGAGCAAGAAGGUUUCCGUUGAUGAGCUACGUAAGCGGGAGAAGGAGAACAGGAAGCUGAAGCAUGAGUUGGAGACUGAGAAGGAGAAGUUCAACCAGAUGGUUGCUAAGUAUCAGGCAGAUCUACAGAACCUUCAAGCUACUCUAUACGAGGAGAGUCAGGCCAGGCUCAAGCUCAGCAUGGAAUUAGAUACAAAAGAGAGCGAGGUUGAGAAUUUACAGAUGAAGAUAACUCACCUCAAUAUAGACACUGAAAGUAUUUGCUCUGGAACAGGAACAGAUAUGGAAGGAGAUACAGAGGCUAGUCUUGAAGGAUGGUUACAGACACCCAGCAAACAAAAUAUUAGGCGGCAUGGUUGGAAGAAGCUGUAUAUAGUUGUCAGCUCGAGAAAGAUUAUUUUCUUUAACUCUGAAGUUGAUAAACAGAAUUCAGAUCCAAGCCUUAUCCUGGACCUUAGUAAGGUUUUCCAUGUGCGGAGUGUAACUCAGGGAGAUGUGAUCCGAGCUGAGGCUAGAGAAAUACCUAGAAUAUUCCAGGUUUUAUAUGCUGGUGAGGGAGAGAGCAGGAAACCGGAUGAGAAUGCUACUCCUCCUGUCAUGAAUGAAACUGAGAAAGUUCAGACAUUUACAAUGAAGGGUCAUGAGUUCGUUCAGAUAACCUUCCAUAUGCCGACUAGUUGUGAGGUGUGCACUAAACCCCUCUGGGCCCCCUUCAGACCCCCUCCUGCAGUGGAGUGUAGACGAUGUAGAGUUAAGCUGCAUAAGGAUCAUUCUACUGGGAACGGAGAAGGUGUUGUACCCUGCAAGGUGAGUUAUGAUCCUACAACGGCUAAGGAGAUGUUACUGAUGGCUCCAUCUAUCGAGGAACAACAGUUCUGGGUUGCUCGGCUUCUAAAGCGUAUUCAGAAGUCUGGAUAUAAAGCGGCAGGACAGAAUGACGGAGGUAGUAUAAAGAUAUCCCCACAAGAGUCGAUGAGAUCCCAGUACAAACCAAUAGUACAGGGUUCAGCUGAGAAAUGAGAAGGUUUCAGCUCUUCGCUCCCCUUCCCCAGGGUUAAGUCCUCUACACUACCCAACAAUCAAUCUCUCAACAAGAAAUGACGGUUCGAGAGUGUUUGGUUGAAGAAAAGCUUUAAAGUAGAGUUUUAUAUUAUUGUUGGUUGGUGACAGCACCAAUACCUAGACAUCUAAACCAGUUCAAUUUAAUUCAUGUUUAUUUAUUCAAUCAGCGCUCUGCUGAUCAGACAAGAGAUUAGUCGGAGGGUUUCUCUGAGUAUUAAAUGAUUUGUCUCCUCUAAUGUAUUACGUGAAACCCUGAUAUAAAGCAAUUCCGACAAGAAUUAUUAGUAUUAAAAGGGAAUAUAAGCAUGAUCAUUUGAAAUUACGCUUACAAUCCCUUUAAUAAUACAAUUAACAAACAUAGAUAUCCUUUAAUUGAUUUAAUUACAGCUGCUGUUGGAUUUAGAGCUUUUUAAUUGUUAAUUUUUAAUAUUUUUCUAAAACUUUGUGUGACGAAUUUUCAUUCAGUCUUUUGAUAGAACGCAUUUAAUUUGAAGUACCCCUGCAGAUAUCCGUACAGUUUAAGGUUUAACCUACUGAG